UUGUCACUAUAGCGGCUUCUGGACCAAUCCCAACGCAGCGGCGUGGAGGGGCGUGGCGCAGCUGGAAAGGCGAAUCUCUACGUCAUCAUAUGGUUUGGUGCUGAUUGGAGGACUGGCUGCUGGUCCACGCGCUCGGUGUUCAGUAGCUAAAAUCAAGGAGCCUAAAGCCUGUGCGCGCGCUCGCUCGCUCGCUCACUCACGUUUUGAACAGCUUGAAGCAGUUACAUCACGGCUCACCAGUGCAAUGCAGCACCUCAGACACUGCAAAAGUUUUGUCCAUGUUUCAUUUCCCAUCGCUCCGAGGCAGCUGAAGAGCCGCGUCCCUGCAGUAUCUGUGCGGUCAGGAUUUCUCGCCCUGCAUUCAGGGAGAAGUAACCAAGAUCAGCAGUACUCCAGAUUCAGAGGAUUGAGGUUCAGAUAUGCAAUAACUGGCCUGGUAGCUGGAACUGGAGCUGUACUGGCUUAUGGACUUCAUCACAAUAAGGCAGAGCAGGCGACGAUUCCGGUGACUCGGACAAACUCCCUACCAGUUUACAGCCAGGAAGAAGUUAUAAAACAUUGCUCCAUUGAAAAGGGCGUAUGGGUCACUUACAAAGGAGGCGUCUAUGAUAUCACUGACUUUGUGGCCAUCCAUCCGGGCGGUGACAAAAUCCUUCUAGCCGCGGGUAAGGCUUUAGAACCCUUUUGGGCACUUUAUGCUGUGCACGGUCAAGAGCAUAUUCUGGAAAUUCUGUCUGAGUAUAAAAUUGGCAUUCUUCGAGCAGAGGACAACAAGAAGGAGGACAUUGAAACAGCAGAUCCUUAUUCUACUGACCCUGCUCGUCAUCCUGCUCUCAUUGUGAACAGUUUAAAACCCUUCAAUGCUGAACCACCGCCUGCCAUACUUACUGAUAGUUACAUCACCCCUUCUGCCAUCUUUUUCAAGCGAAACCACCUUCCUGUUCCCCGUGUGGAUCCUAAAACGUACAGGCUGAAAAUUGAGGGCCUGCCUGGCGGUACUGUGUCUCUGACUUUGGAUGAUCUUAAGUCUCAUUUUCCUAAACAUACAAUAAUGGCCACCCUCCAGUGUGCUGGGAACCGUCGUUCUGAGAUGAACAAAGUGAAGCAGGUCAAAGGUCUAAACUGGGGAAUUGCAGCGAUCAGUAAUGCUACAUGGUCGGGUGCUUAUCUAAGAGAUGUACUGUACCAUUACGGCUUUGGUCCAGAGGUGGCAGCUAAAGCACGGCAUGUGCAGUUUGAAGGUUUAGACGCGGAUGUGACUGGUACAGCAUAUGGAGCAUCGAUCCCGUUAAACAAGGCCAUGAGUGAAGAGGGAGAUGUCCUGUUAGCAUACGAAAUGAAUGGAGAGGAUCUCCCUGCGGAUCAUGGCUUCCCCGUCCGGGUCAUUGUUCCUGGAGUUGUUGGAGCCCGAAAUGUCAAAUGGCUCGGCAAGAUAGUCAUUAGCGAAGAGGAAAGUCAGAGUCACUGGCAGCAGAAUGAUUACAAAGGCUUUUCACCAGGCACUGAUUGGGACACAGUGGACUUUAAAUCAGCCCCUUCCAUCCAGGAGCUUCCUAUUCAGUCAGCCAUUACAAAUCUGACAGAUGGUUCCUCGGUAGACCGAGACAUGGAGAACGUGACUGUUAAAGGUUAUACCUGGAGCGGUGGAGGAAGGGAGGUUGUGAGGGUCGACAUCUCAUUGGAUGGAGGGAAGACGUGGCACGUGGCCAAACUACAGAAUAGCGAGGAGAGAGAAAUUUCUGCACCUUCUCCUCCACCUGGUCGAGCUUGGGCCUGGAAAUUUUGGGAAAUAACAAUUCCAUUACCAGAAGGAGCUCAGGAGCUGGAGGUUGUUUGCAAAGCAGUCGACAGUAGUUACAAUACCCAACCAGACUCUAUGCCACCUAUUUGGAACUUGAGAGGUGUUCUUAGCAACGCUUGGCAUCGAAUCAGGGUGAAAGUGAAAUGAGGAUUUGGAUGAAAACCCAAAGUAGUGAAACUUUACUCAGGGAAACAAAUUUGUCAUACUUUAUAUGGCUCCAAGUGUUUAGGUGUUCCACUAUGACAGCUUGAAAUGUUGAUUUAGGCUACAGUUUUAGCAUCAUUUCAAUGAACAGGCCACAAAGCUGGAUGAGCUUGAGGUUUUGAGUUCCACAACCAACAUUACAAUCACAACUUUACAUAUUUUGUGUUGACUAUGCACAAUGGGAAAUCCUAUUUGCGUCACUUCUUACCUCGUUUUUCAGUUUAUCUUUGCCAAUUCUUAUUCAUAUGCAUCCGUACAUUUGGGACUUCGGUACAUAACUGUAGUAUCCAUACACUCACACACAACUGUACUCAUAAAAAUGUGGCAAGAUAUCAUUUUCAUUGUUAUAGAUAUUUCAUUCAGUGCACGCAGGAUUGGCUUAGAAAGAAUAAUGUGUUGAAACAGUUACGGUCCUCUGCUGGUGACAGGAAGGUUUUGAAUUCAUGUUUCAGCACUGCCAAAUAGUUACUGCUGGGCCAUUGAACAAAAUCCUUCUCAAUUGUGGUUAAAUGGCAUUCAGCCUCACUUCUAAAUCACCUAAUGUGUCUCUCAAAUAAAAAUGUAAUGUCGGUGAAAUUGGCUUUCUUUUUAGAAUGGGGCAGUAGAUGUUGUUUAGCACAUGUCUAAAGUGCCUGGUGGUUUAAAAGUCAGUUAUUUAGGAACUGCAAAGAAUAUGGAUCUUCUCUCUUCAGACAUUUUACAGAUAUCGUAAAAUAGGGCAUCUUCCAUAGAAAACAUGCACUACAUGGCCAAGAGUGUGGGCAUCUGAUCAUCACAUCCAUAUGUGGGCCUUCUCCAAACCCUUGCCACAAAGUUGGAAGCGUACAGUGAACUCGAUGCAUGGUCACGUCCACGUUUUUCUCACGGAGUGCAUUUACAUCCAGUGCUGUGCCGGAAGCCAUUGAUCAUUACCUUGAGCUGUCAAAAUACCUGAGGAAAAGAUGACAUUUUAUACUUGCUGCUUUUGGUGUAUGACGCUCACUGCCAAGGUUUUAUGUUCUCUGAAAGUGUGAAAGCUCAGCGCAGAGUUAAACCUUUGGGAAGCCUCACAAGAUGGGAUUCAGCAAUGCCGGGAAGAACCACCCUCACGUCUGAGGUGUUUUAACUGACUCGAACUCAUUACUAAAUAAGUUUUGUGUUAUAUUAGUGUGAUGUAUUUAAUAUUUGAUUUUAUAACAAGAAAAACGUAUUAAUAUUAUUCUGUAUUAAUCAUUGAAAGAUGACCGCUAUGGCUGAAUAAGGACCGUAAGCUUCCUGAGAUUCGACCGGAAAUAUAUAGGCUGCAUGCCGUGCAUAGAGUCUGUUGUCUAGAAUGUAUUUGCAUGUUGUAGCAUUACAAUUUCCCUUCACUGGAACUAAGGAUCCAAUACAUGUUCCAGCAUAACAGUCCCCCUGUGGACAAAAAUCGAGGUCCAUAAAGACGUGGUUUGCCAAGCAUAGAGUGGAAGAACCUCAACCUGACCUCAACCACACUGAUCACCUUUGGGAUGAACUGUUAAUGCCGAUUGUGCCGCAGGCCUCCUCGCCCAACAUCAGUGCCUGACCUCACUAAUGCUCUUGUGGCUUAAUGGGCAAAUCCCUACAACCACGAUCCAGAAUCUAUUGGAAAGCCUUCCCAGAAGAGUGGAGGUUAUUAUAACAGCAGUAGGGUGGGACGGGGAACGGGGGGACUAAAUCUGGAAUGGGAUGUUCAACAGGAACAUGGGUGUGAUGGUCGGGUGUCCACCAACUUUUGGUCAUAUAGUGUAACAUUGUUGACUUGGUCAUAAAAACCCAAGUGAAAUUUUUAACCAAUUGGAGUUAGAUUUUUGUGUCAGCUGCACGAACACUUGCCGUAACUGUUAAAACAUUAGAUGCUGAAAGUGACUCAUCAUCCUAUAAACAGGGUCUUUUCUCCUUGGGGGAUGAGGUUCCAAGAUGAUGGCGUGUCAAGGUAACAUUUAGUACUGAAAAACUUUCAUUUAUAGUUAAUUUUCCCUAUCUCGUUUACCCUAGCUAGAGAAACAAGCACACGAUUUCAUUCCAUUCACAAUUUACACCGCACCAGUGUUAAGGUACUCCGACUAGCAUGUAGGUGAUGCUUGUCAUUUGUUUCUUUUGCUGAUUUAGGACACCUCAGUGAUCCAAAUGUGAAUGUUCACGUGUGUGCAAGUGAAGUAAUAUUUAUCUUAAAUCAGAUUAUUUUUAAUCAUUAAUGCAAGCAAAGCAGUCACGCUGUACAUCCCUGUUUAAAGCCAUGCACCACUUCUUCCAGCUAAUUUAUGUUCUCAUUAGGUGCUGUGAUUUACUAUACAAUAGACAGUACUGUGCAAAAUCUUAGCAUGAAGAAAUGCUCUAAAGUAAAUAUUUAAAAAAAUUUUUUACUACAUUAACGCUUUCUACACACUUCUAUAAAGCACAGUAAAGAGAACUAAACUAAAAGUCACUAUUUGGUGUGACAACCUCGUGUCUUUUGUCUCAUCUAUAGUUUGUGUAGUUUUACAGGAAAUUGGCUGGUAAAUUUUUCUUAUCAUCUUGGAGAACCUUGGCAGGUCUUCUGGGGUCUUUGACUGUCACACUUCCUCCUGUUUUUGCAGGUAAUCCCUUAUAGCCUGCAUUUUAUUUAGUCUGAAAGUGGUCUAUUAUGCUAUAUGCUACCUUCUUUACUGGCAUACUUUUUUUUUUCUUCUUUUCUGUAACAUUUAAUUUUGGUUGGAAAAGUAAUGUUUGGAAAACAAUGUUUUUACUGACUCAAUAAUGCAGUCAUAAAGUCAUAAAAUAAACAAUUUACAAAAUUAGUAUUAAAACAGAUUGGUGUGCCUAAGACUUGCACAUCACUGUAUAUACAUACUGUAUACACAUAAUCAGCAGAAGUACUAUCUGUUUAGGAAGCAAAAGGGGUGAGUUUGUUAGGGUUGAGAUUACAGCUAGCAUUACGAUAACAGCUUUACGUGUUUUGAAUCAAAACAGAGCUAACUCAACAGGAUUUGUUGUGUUAGCUGUCCACAAUGGGGAUACCUAUUUACAUUUCAUCUGAAUAUUUGGCUCACAAUAUCUCUUCACUGUCUCACUUUCUGAAAGUGCCUUUUUUUUUUUUUUAAUCUAAGUAAAGUCACUUAAGUCCAUGGAAAUAAAUCAUUUCAUUGAUGACAGCUGUAUGAUAAUUACUUUUGAACAUGAUUGGUUCAUUCUGAACACAGCCACACCCCCAAUUAUAAAAGGGUAUACACACUUAUGCAAUUAGGUUAUUUUAAGUUGUUGGGUCUUUUGUUUUUGUUUUCUUUCCUAUUUUCCCCUUAAAAUGUUUUUUGUUUUUCAUAAAAAUUUUUUAGAUGUUGUAAUUUCACAUUGAGGGCGGAAAAAAAAUUCUGGCAUGAUUUACCUUGGUUUAUUUUUUCUUUAUUUUAUUUUUGACAUGACAAAAACCUGCCAUUUUAACAGGUGUGUGUAGACUUUUUAUAUCCAUUGUAUGUUUAAACAGAAUACAGUAAGUGUGCCUAUAGAAGCAUGUGGAAAGCUGCAUUUAUGCAGCGCAUUCACAGUAUACCGCAGUGUCGUUGAAUUCUCUAAUCCGAUUGGUCAGAAGAUUUUGAUUAAUUUUGUAUAACAGCAGCUCUUACAGUAGUUCCAGCUGUGAUUCCACCUGUGAUUCGAAUCAUAUAGAAUCAAUCACUUCUAUAGUAACAACUCAUUCAAAGGGAAUUUUAUGUCUAAUAAAUUAAUGAUUUUAAAAAUGUUAUUUAAUAAAAAUUAAAAAUAUUGAUUUGGUGUAAUUUUAUAUAAGGAGGCAUUUAUUUAACAUUUAUGGAAAGAGUCUUGAGUAACAGUCAGUAAGUUUUAUGAUACAGGAGCAAUGUCUGGGCACAGGAGUUUACACUUUCUGGUUUCUGGAUAAAAUGACUAACUGCAUUUUUUUUUAAUUAUUAUCUCAUUAUCUUCAGCUUCAAGGCUGGUGAGGGAACGACUGUUUACAAAGACUAUUUAUGAUUAUUGUUAGUAUAAUGUAACUAGGAACUGUUUCUUCUGCAAAAUUAAAUGUAACUAUAAAUGGUUAUAAAGUGUGAUAGAGUUGUUCUUGCAAAUUGCUGUUAUAAGAGGAAUAAAAACACUUUUGGCCGUACUGUUAUAGGAAAAUAAACCACUUCAUGUUAUGCAGUAUCAUACCACCCGAUCAUGGAUUAUUUUCCCAUAACAGCAUGUCCUGUCAUAUUUUAUUUCUUACACAUCAUAUAUCAGACAAAAUGGAAUUAUGCUUUUAUGGACCACAUGGAGCAUGGAUCUCCAACCUCGUUUUGGAGAGUUUGAUUUGUUUAGACAAGCUUUUAUGCCUGCUUAUAGGGUCAAAUCCUGAACAAAACAUUUUGAUUCUCUUACCCAGUUGGCCUAGAAGAUGUUAAGGCCAUUAAGCUGAUUGUUGGAAACAUUGCCCAUGCAUCAAUUUCAUAAAGGUUCCAGUAUAAAGUAUUAUGUUUAAUAUCCUGCAAAUAAAAUACUUUAAAAAAAAAAAAAAAAAAAAAAAAAAAAAAAAACCCAAAA